CCUCGCCUAGAUUGGUUAAGACCUUGCACUGGCGCCCGCAAGUUCAAUCUGGUUGAAAAUCCGUUUCGCUGCCAAUAAUGAGCGACAUUAUUAGGCGUCGUCGCCUCUGAAGAAGUCGCGAAUGAGCUCGCAUUUCUCUCGAUUCCCUCGUCCAUCAUUGCGACCGACGCUCGGCCGAGAAUAGAUCCCAUUAUCUGUUGCUUCCGGCAACCUCCGCACAUCGCUCUGUUGGGCGCAAGGGCAUCUCCAGAUGAUGGCUUCCCAUAAAUUCACAUCCACAUCAUCAUCAUCAUCAUCAUCAUCAUCAUCAUCAUCAUCAUCAUCAUCAUCAUCGUCAUUACCAUUGUCACCACCACCAUCACCAUUACCUCCACCUCCGUCCACCCCGUUUUGCUGGCAAUACGGCUCGCCUUAUACAGAAAUUUCCCCGCGCAGGCUUGAGUCGGCUGGCAGGAGGCGCGGCUGGCUGAACGGCACAGAGCAGCAAAACUAAAAUGUGC